AUGGGAUUUUGGAGUAGGAUGGAUAUUGAUGAAGAAGGCGGCAGAGGAGAGAGUGGCGGCGAAGGAGAUGGUGGCGUAGGUGUGAAGGCGGAGAAGAACUCGCCGGAGGUUGAACGGAAGGUGCAGCGGAAAAUGAAGACUCCUUCUCAGCUGGAAGUUUUAGAGAGAACUUAUUCCAUGGAUUCACACCCUUCAGAGGUCCUGAGAGCCGAGCUUUCGGUCAAAUUAGGCCUUACUGACCGGCAGCUCCAAAUGUGGUUCUGCCAUCGGAGGUUAAAAGACCGAAAGGCCCCCACCGAGAAGAAGCUAAAAAGGAGUGCCAUGUCAGAGUCCCCCGUCGGGAUUGCUCAUGAAAUGGUGGUAAAAAUUGUUGACGUGGCGAAAGGUGGCUGCCCGGGCUUACAUGUCUAUGGGAACACGAAUGUGCAACACAAGCAGCAAAUGAGAGUAGCUCAUAAAGGUGGGACAGCUGUGCCUAGAAUAUCAAUGGAGUCGCCGCCCAUGAGGAGGCUCUAUGAGCCGCCAUUAGCCGUAUCAGAACAGAGAGCGAUUAUAUUUGUGGAGGCACAGUUGGGGGAGCCAUUAAGGGAAGAUGGGCCCAUUCUGGGGAUGGAGUUUGACCCAUUGCCACCUGGCGCAUUUGGUGCACCAAUUGUUUCAUUAGAACAACAGAAAGUAGCUCGGCGGUCUUAUGAUCAGCAAUUAUACGAGAGGGUUGAAGCUAAACCAGUCAAGGGUACUUCAGGGGCUCUCCAUGAAUACCAAUUUCUCCCAGAGAAGCCAUCUGCUAGGCAUGAUGACACCUAUGACCGAGCUACUCUGCAACAUUUUUAUGGUUUGCCUAAUCCAAUAUCCAACACAAGAUCUGUGAUGCACUGCAAUGAGAAAGUAUCAUCUGAAUAUCUCCAAAAUCAAACUCCUGGCUUACAUAUUUUUCCUCAGCAAAGCAUGCGGGAGGUUUGCUUGUCUCCAGGGCCCAGGGAAGUUGAUAUUCCUCCUUCAAUGGGCUCCAUGGCGAAUGCCAGCAUUGAUGCUCAUCUUUUUGUUCGUCCAGUCACUGAGUUGGCCGGUAAAAGUAUUACACCAGAUAAGCGCAUCAUUCUUGACCAUGAAAGGUUGGAGAGGAAGCGGAAGGCUGAAGAGGCUAGAAUAACCAAGGAAGUCGAAGUUCAUGAGAAAAGGAUAAGAAAAGAGCUAGAGAGACGAGAUAUUUUGAGGAGGAAGAGAGAAGAGCAGAUGAGGAAAGAGAUUGAAAGGCAGGACCGUGAAUGGCGGAAGGAGGAGGAGAGGCUGUUGCGUGAAAAGCAGCGUGAAGAGGAGAGGUUCCUCAAGGAGCAAAGACGUGAGAUGGAAAGAAGGGAGAAAUUCCUACAAAAAGAAUACAUAAGAGCAGAGAAAAUGAGGUUGAAAGAAGAAAUGCACCGGGAGAAGGAAGCUGCAAGAUUGAAAGCUGCAAACAAUAGGGCGUCUGCUCGCAAAAUUGCAAAGGAACCAACAGAACUGGUUGAGGAUGAAAGGUUGGAACUCAUGGAGCUUGCCGCCUUAAGUAAAGCAUUACCGUCGAUUUUGGCUCUAGACAGUGAGAACCUCGACUUGAUUAAAGAAAAGCUCCCAGAGUUCCCGCCUGAGUCGGUGCCCUUGAAAAGGCCUUUCAAAGUCCAGCCUUGGACUGAUUCGGAGGAGAAUAUCAGCAAUGUUUUAAUGGUUUGGAGAUUCUUAAUUGCUUUUGCUGAUGUUCUUGGGCUCUGGCCAUUCACGUUGGAUGAGUUCACUCAAGCUUUGCAUGAUAGUGAUCCAAGGUUGCUCGGAGAGAUCCACUUAGCUCUUUUGAGAUGCAUCAUAAAAGACAUUGAAGAUGUCGCAAGGACACCUGCCAAUGCAAUGGCAGCAAAUCAAUGGUCCGCAUUUAACCCUCUCGGAGGGCAUCCACACAUUGUUCGAGGGGCAUAUGCUUGGGGCUUUGACUUGCUUAGCUGGAAGCAUCUCUUGACCCCAUUAACUUGGCCUGAAGUCUUACGGCAAUUUGCUCUGUCAGCUGGUUUUGGGCCAAAAUUGAAGAAGCGGAAUACAAAGCCAGCUCUUGCACACGAUGAUAAUGAGUGUGAUGAUGGUGCAGCUGCAAUAUCCGAUCUGCGAAGUGGAUUGGCUGCUGAGAAUGCUGUGACUAUUAUGCAAGAAAAGGGUUUUCCAAAUUCUCGAAGAAGAUCCAAGCAUCGGUUGACUCCUGGAACAGUCAAAUAUGCAGCAUUUCCUAUUCUAUCGCUGGAGGGCAGCAAGGGACUUUCAGUACUGGAAGUUGCUGACAAAAUCCAGAGAUCCGGACUCAGGGAUAUAACGACGAGCAAAACACCGGAAGCAUCCAUUUCGGCUGCUUUGUCAAGAGACACAAAGCUGUUUGAGAAAACUGCCCCUUCGACUUACUGUGUACGCUCCCCCUACAGAAAGGACCCUUCUAAAGCUGAAGACAUUCUCUCGGCCGCCAGGGACAAAGUCGUCGCUUGCCAAAACGGAGUUGUAGAAGAAGAAGAAGAAGAAGAAGAAGAAGAAGAAGAAGAAGAAGAAGAAGAAGAAGAAGAAGAAGAAGAAGAAGGAGGAGGAGGAGAAGAAGAAGAAGCUGAGAAGGAAGACUUCGCAAGGGAUCAAGAAUCCGAAAGUGAUGGCGUGGAUGAUCCCGAUGUUGACUUGAAUGUUGUGCCAAACCCAAAACCGAAUGAAGCUUCUCAUCCUGGCGAAAAUUCUACAAAUGCCCUUGGAAAUUCGGAAGGUGGCGUGACCUUAAAUCGGUCGGUUAAUGAGAUAAAGACCAAAGGAGAAACUAGCGCUCCAUGCGUGGAAAGUAUUGGAGUUGAGCCUGAGAUUGCUGGUCGGGAUCUUGAGAAUAUUGUAAAUGAUGAAUGCGGCCUAGGGGAACAAUGGGUUCAAGGGCUUACUGAAAUGGAGUAUGCGGAUUUAAGCACUGAAGAGCGUCUGAGUGCGCUUGUUGCCUUGGUCAGCAUAGCGAAUGAAGGGAAUACUAUCCGUAUUGCAUUGGAGGAACGGCUGGAGGCGGCAAAUGCGCUAAAGAAGCAAAUGUGGACUGAAGCCCAGCUUGAUAAGCGUCGCAUGAAAGACGAGCACAUUUUGAAGUUCCAACAUCAAUCAUCGAUCGAGCACAACAGGAGAAGCCCAAUGGUGAGCGUGUAUGUGGAAAACGAGUCAUCGUUAACGAACUCUGUGUUCCGACUGGUCGACUUGAACAAUCAGCAGAAUGAAGAAAAUUAUUGUUAUAGCAGUAUUAUUAAUGAAAAGAGUCCCUUAAUGCAUGAUUCCUUUCAGCAAACUAGUGAGAAGCCACGAUCACAGCUAAAAGCUUUAAUUGGUCACCGGGUUGAGGAGAUUUAUGUGUACAGAUCAUUGCCUCUGGGAGAGGACCGGAGAAGAAAUCGGUACUGGCAGUUCAUGACAUCUCCAUCUCGAAAUGAUCCAGGAUCCGGAAAAAUAUAUAUUGAGUUAUGCAAUGGCACUUGGAGAGUUAUUGAUUCAGCUGAGGGUUUUGAUGCUCUGUUGUCAUCUUUGGACGUUUGUGGGAUUAGAGAAUAUCAUUUGCGUUCCAUGUUGCAAAAUAUAGAAGGAUCAUUCAAAGCAUCAGCAAGAAUUAACUUGUUACGGUCGAAAUCCAUUCUCCAUUCUGGUGAAGAUUUCACGAAAGAAGUCAAACACAAGAUGGACUCGUAUUUUGAGCUUGAAAACAAUGGAAACGAGGAAAACUGGGUCGUGGCUAGACAUAAGGAUUUUAAUUGGCUUUGGGAAGAAUGCUUCGAUUCUAACGUAUCGGGUGCUUUGAAGUUUGGGACAGUUAGGCGUGAAAGGCUGCUGGAUAUUUGCACGUCAUGUCAUAGCUUGUUUUCUUGGGAGGAUAUUCACUGUCCUUCCUGUCAUAGGACUUACAAAACUUCAGAUAUGCAUUUCAGUUUUGCAGAACAUGUUUGCCGAUGUGAAAGGAAAAUGAGUGAAGGGAUUAUUAAAGGGGUCUCGCUCGAUCUUUCGCUGCCCCCGAGGGUUAAAUUGCUGAAAGCUCAGUUGGCUUUCAUUGAGGCCUCGAUUCCUUCCGAUGCUUUUAAUACUGUUUGGUCAGAUGAGUAUAGAAAAUCUUGGGGUAGAAAGCUGUAUGUGGCAUCAACAGCCGAAGACCUUCUUCAGACUCUGACAUUGCUUGAAGAUAGCAUCAAAAGAGAGUUCUUGUCAUCAAAUUACGAAACCACAUCUGAGCUGUUGAACUCGUCUGAAGCUUUUGGCGGUUGUGUCGGAACUUUGUGUACGCCUCGAGAGGUUUCAGUACUUCCUUGGAUACCUUGUACAUUGCCAGCUGUCGCUUUAAGGCUUAUGGAACUUGACGUAUCUAUUUAUUACAGCCCCAACCAGAAAGCGACUCGUCAAAAUGAACAUCAUGAAGCUGGACAUUUCUCUAAAUUUCCAAUGAACUACUCGUCUCAAUCCAGAAUUCCACAACAAGAUAACAGUUGGGCCGAACCUGUAAAUGGGCUCCCAAUCUUGAAACGUGGUCGUGGGCGCCCGAGAGGAUCCAGCCGGGCGGCCCGUUUAGCCUCAAAGCCCAAGAAAAAUCCCAUUUUAAAUCCUCGUGUCAACCAAUCAAACGCGGGCCGAACAAAAGAUAAAGAUUAUGAUAAUUUCCCAUCACUCCCCACCUGGAAAGGCCGGAAGAAAGGUCGCCACUCGACCGCAGGCCAGCGAGAAAGAAGGGGCAGUGGCAGGGGUAAAAUCGUCUUUUGCGACGCUGCCGUUUUACGGCAAGAUGGGAAUAUGGGCGAGGCCGGUGAAAAUGCCACCAGUAGUUCCGGAAGAUUGAAAUUCGAUGAGGGCGAUGACGAAGUCUCAGCUGCCGGUUUAUCGAGCAGUGUCAGGCUCGAUAAUUAUGACAGUGUUGUCGAUGAUUAUUACGAUGAAUGUAAUGAGGAGCAAAACCGGGCAAACGGUGGAGUGAAAAAUUGGGAAUUUGAUACAAGUUCGGAUGAACCAUCGUCUGAGUCGGAAUAUAGCUAUUAA